AUGAGUGCCAGCCCCACGGCUAUGAUAAGCGAGGGCAGCUUCGUGGUCCUGCUGCUCUCGGGAGGCGAGCGGAAGCUGCAGCGAGUGCGCUCCGGCGCCGCCAUGCGCGUCGGCAAGCACAAGCCAACGUGCGACCCGCUGCUCGGAGCACCGUUUGGCGCAAACUUUGUGGUCGAGACUGGCGGUGGCGAGGCGCGCCUGGUGCGCGACCAGCGGACGAUCGAGGAGAUCGACGCCUCCGUCACCGAGGUCGCCGCCUCCCUCGGCGGCGCUUCGGCCGAUGCCACCAACGCCGAGCUGAACGACGAGCGCGAGGCCACGACGGCUCAGUCGCUGAGCCACGCGGAGAUUGAGGCGCUCAAGGCGGGCGGCGCGUCUGGCGAGGCGCUCGUGCACGCCAUCGCUGCCGGUUCGAAGACCUUUGCCUCGAAGACUGCGUUUUCGCAGGAGAAGUACCUUCGCAAGAAGGCGCGAAAGCACUUUCAGACAGUGACUGCGCUGCGGCCCUCGCCGCUGGUGCUCUGCGACCACUUCAUGGCCAAGGGCCCCGACAAGCUGAUGGGCCUCCGCCGCGACUCCCUCUCCCUCCUCCUCACCCUCUCCGACCCGCGGCCCGGCGCGCGAGUCCUCUGCCUCGACGGCACGAGCGGCCUCCUCCCCGCGGCGCUCGCGGCCCAGCUCGGAGGCGACGGCGCCGUCCUCGCGGCCCACGUAAGGCAGCCCUCGCUCGACGGGCUGCAGUGGCUCAACCUCACGCCGCAGUGCGCCGCGACCGUCGGCUCGGCGUCGCUCCAGCAGCUCCUCACGUGGGCUCCCUCCUCCUCGCCCUCCUCCUUGCCCUCCUCCUCGCCCUCCUCCUCGCCCGCUGCCGCCGCCACCGCGGCGGCGGCGGUGGCCGAUCCCGCCGCGGCGGCGGCCGAGGCGGCGGCCGGCGAUGGCGAUGGCGCGGGUGUGGCAUCGAUGGCUACGGAGGCGAGCGGUUGGCUUGCGAGUGGUGGCGAGGGCGGCGCUCCAGCGACGGCAGACGGGACGGAGGCGGUGGCGGAGGCGGGCGCGGUGGCGGAGGCGGGCGCGGUGGAGGGUGAGGGGGCGGAGGGGGCGGAGGGGGAGAGCGGCGCGGCGGGCGGCGAGGAGGGUGGGGGCGGUGGCGGUGGCCCCGACCGCCGCGCGCGCGCGACCAAGCUGCAGGACAGCGCGGCACUCGACGCAUGGCUGGCGCCGCUCUUCUCCUCUCUCGUCGUCGCGACCCGCGAGGCGCCGGCGCCGGCGAGUCGCUGCGCCGUGGCGCCGAACCGGACGCACCCGACCAUGAGCACCUACCCGCCGACGGGCUACGUGCUGGCCGGCAUCAAGGUGGCUCCGCCGGCAGGGAAGUGA